CCUCUCUCGACUGAGAAGCCUAGCGGAGGCAGACUCUUCUGGUUACGGCUAGUGGCCGAGCGGCUGGAAGAUCUGCAGCUGCGUCUGCCGCCUCCUCAACCGCAGUGAUGCCGGGCCCUACUCCCAGUGGUACCAACGUGGGCGCCUCGGGCCGAUCUCCCAGCAAAGCUGUGGCCGCCAGGGCCGCUGGAUCCACGGUCAGGCAAAGGAAAAAUGCCAGCUGUGGGACAAGAAGUGCAGGCCGUACUACUUCAGCAGGCACAGGGGGGAUGUGGAGGUUCUACACUGAAGAUUCCCCUGGGCUCAAAGUUGGUCCUGUUCCAGUGUUGGUGAUGAGUCUGCUGUUCAUUGCUUCAGUGUUUAUGUUGCAUAUCUGGGGCAAGUACACACGUUCAUAGAUUCAGCUGCAUCCAUCUUUCUGUCAACAAUUGUAUUCUGGACCAAAAGCUUGGUGGACUUUAUGUGCAUGGAGAGAGUUUUUGGAAAGCUUACUGUUUUAUAAGGAACUUAAUUUGUCUAUAGUGAACUUUUGAAAUUCCUUUGUAUCAAGUCUGUUUCUGAAGCCCAUCUGUCACAGGUUUCAUCUGCUUAAAGACUUGCAGGUUAGGCAUAAUAAAAUGGCAAUGCAAACGGAA